GAUAAUAAUAUCGUCAUUGUCAUUCUGUUCGAUUUUAAUAUAACCCUCGAGUUCUACCUACCUGUUUACUUUGAACGAGAUCUUCCAGCGAUUUUCAACGAUGACAGACGAACGAAAUUUUCGUUCAUCGUACUACGAAAAGGUUGGUUUUCGCAGCGUCGAAGAAAAGAAGUCUCUGGAGAUACUGUUGAAGGAGCAUCCGUUUGACAAAGCAAAGUUGAAGCAGUUUUGUUUGAGAUUCACCGUGCCGGCCAUGUACAGAAACUUCUUGUGGAAAGUGUUGCUCGACGUUAUACCGGUCUACGCAGAGAGCCACGAGUUCAUAAUGGCUCAACGUACGGCAGAGUUUCAGGAUCUGCGAAAAGCGUUGAAGGUCGCAAAUAUCAUAGACGAUUGUACGAAACCUCAUCUGGCGUUCCUAGCGAUGUGGCUGCUACGCAGGAGAAGAGCGAAGGUGGACGUGACUGCUCAAUUGGAGUCGCCGUUGCACAGAGCUAUGAGCAAAAUGGCUGAGACACUGUGGCAUGUGAUUGACAUUGAGUCGGAACAAGAAAAAUUAGUGGACAUGUAUUGGAUAUUAUCCGGGCUCUUUGUACAGGUGGAAAAAUUGCAGAAGGAAGCAGGAAGAUUACAGGAGUGUACGUACGCAUUGUUGGAAAGAGAAGACGCCGAACUAUACAAACAUCUCGUCAAAAUUGACGCACUUCACAAUCUCCCAUACGACACAUGGUUUUACUCGUGUUUCGCUGGUGUAAUAUGCGAUGGAUCUAUUGCUAAGGUAUGGGAUAAAAUAACGGUCGGUGCAUAUAAAAUUCUCGUAUUUGUUGCCGUGGUUACAUUAACCACUUUGAGACGACUGUUACUAAGAUGCGAGAACAUAGAUAACGUCCUGGACACUAUUAACAACAUAACGGAGGAAACGUCAGAAUUAAUAGUCAACAAAGCGAUCGAGUCGAUGCAACAAAGCGGAACGACGCAACAGGACAUGUACUUUACGAAACACAGUUAGUACACCGUAGAACCUGAUGCCGUGGAAACGCAUUGCGAAUCGAAGUAUCGAAUCGAAUUAUAAAAAUUACCAUCGAAAUUAUAUUGAUUUGUCAAUCACAUCUGUAAGUUUUCAAGUGAUACUCUCUCUGUGAUUUAUCUUAAAAAUAAUCACUUUUUAUUAAUGCAUUCAUCGUACAUUAUACAUUAUACAAUUACUUAACCCGUGACAGAGUCAAGACUUACUCUAAGUUUUAUUCAUCCUUAAUAUUAUAUAAUCUUCCUGUUUCAGUUUUGUAUUUAUGAUACAAUCGUGUAUAUUUUGCCCCAGCGGUGGGAGCGAGUCUGUAAUUCUAAGGAAAUACGAACUGAAACUACAG